GGUGUGGAAAAUAGGGCUUCCCGUCCGCUCAGCCGUACUCAAGCCACACGCCGGCCGGUUAGUAGUUGGGUGGGUGACCACCAGCGAAUCCCGGCUGUUCGGCUUCGUGAGAUCACAGACCCGACCUCCUCCCCGUCAGCCACGAAGGAGGAAAACCCCUACGACCACCUCCGGAUCACCGUGACAAGCGGCGGCUGUCAUGGGUUUCAGUAUAUGAUGUCCCUCGAAGCAGCGUCGAAGAUCGACCCCGAAGAAGAUACCGUCUUCGAAGCGGAGGACGCUCCUGCCGGACCCGGCGAGGCCAAAGUCGUCAUGGAUGAACCUUCGUUGGAGUUGCUUCACGGAAGUACGGUGGAUUACACGAUGGAGCUGAUUGGAAGUCAGUUCAAGAUUGUCGACAACCCGAGAGCUUCGAGUAAUUGCGGUUGCGGGACGAGUUUCGACGUUCUCGAGUAGGAGGGGGUCGCUAAGGGUCUUGCGGAUCAUGGUUGUCGGGCUUUCCUGCUCCCAUUUCUGAAGGCAGUCGCGCUCUGUUCUGCCCAUGUAUUAUACUUGGGAGUUGGCGUGCAUCAAACUACCACAACAUAGCUAUGCUUAACCGAAUAGAUUGUAAAUAAUAUACCCCCACUCCGCUUCUGUUGGGAUUUCAGGCGCGU